AUGACAGCCUUAGCGGGGGGCAUACCGAGAAUGAUGCGCCCCACGCCGCCACAAAAUUAUCCCAGAGGAGGAUACUCUCUUGAAGUUUCCACGCCAUUAGGUCAGGGUCGAGUAAACCAACUCGGUGGAGUUUUCAUAAAUGGACGGCCUUUGCCUAAUCAUAUUCGACACAAGAUUGUGGAGAUGGCCCAUCAUGGCAUCCGGCCAUGCGUUAUCUCCCGUCAGCUCCGAGUGUCACACGGCUGUGUGUCCAAAAUCCUGUGCAGGUACCAGGAGACUGGAUCUAUCCGGCCCGGUGCCAUAGGAGGAAGUAAACCCAAGCAAACAACAACUCCCGAUGUAGACAAGAAAAUCGAAGAUUACAAGAGAGAGAACCCUGGAAUAUUUAGCUGGGAGAUCAGGGAUAAGUUACUCAAAGAUGGGAUCUGCGACCGCAACAAUGUUCCUUCAGUCAGUUCAAUCAGUCGCACUUUGCGAUGCAAAUUCGGAGGAAGCGCCGAAGACGACGAUGAAGAAGACGAAAUGGAAAGGAGAGUACUAGACGAAAACGAGAGAAGAGGCAAACACAGUAUUGAUGGCAUUCUAGGCGAUAGAUCGAGUCACUCUGACGAGGGCUCUGACGUGGACUCGGAGCCGGGCCUGCCCCUGAAGAGGAAGCAGCGGCGGAGCAGGACCACCUUCACGGCGGAGCAGCUGGAGGAGCUGGAGCGGGCCUUCGAGCGCACGCACUACCCCGACAUCUACACCCGGGAGGAGCUGGCCCAGAGAGCCAAGCUCACGGAGGCGCGCGUGCAGGUCUGGUUCAGCAACCGGAGAGCUCGCUGGAGAAAGCAGGCCGGGGCCAAUCAGCUUAUGGCCUUCAACCACCUAAUCCCUGGAGGGUUCCCCCCCUCGGCCAUGUCCAGCCUGCAGCCCUACCAGCUCUCCGACAGCCCUUACCCCCCCUCGUCCAUAUCGCAAGUGUCGGAGCAGGCCAGCACAGUGCACCGGCCCCAGCCUCUGCCCCCGACCUCCGUGCACCAGUCGGGCCUGAGCUCCUCGGGGGGUCAGGACGGCAGCUACUGCCUGGCCUCCGGACGCCACGGCUUCUCCGGCUACUCCGAGAGCUUCGUGCCGCCGCCGCCCGGCCACUCCAACCCCGUCAACCCCGCCAUCGGCAACGGCCUCUCCUCUCAGGUGAUGGGUCUGCUCAACCCCGGCGGAGUGCCCCACCAGCCCCAGGGUGACUUCGCCCUCUCGCCCCUGACGGGCGGCCUGGAGCCCAACGCGGGCAUGCCCACCAGCUGCCACGGCUCCCAGCGUCUGGAGGGGCUGCCCGGCUUACCCAGCAUGCCCACCCUGCCCAGCUCCCAGUCCUACUGCCCCCCCACCUACAGCUCGCCCGCCUACAGCGUGGACCACGUCACCUCCUACCAGUACGGCCAAUAUGGGCAAAGUAAGGUGCCUUUCAUUAUUUGA